AUGGAUAAGGUUAAGCAUGAUGAGAUCAUGCUGCUCAUAAGGCAAUACUUAGUGGAACACGGCAUGCCGUCUGCUGUUCAAGCCCUUGAUAAAGAAGAGAAGAAGAUAGCUAAUAUUGACGAAUUCAGAUCCCUUGUCCUACGAGGUGACUUCGAAGCAGCUAUGAAACUCUUUACAGAUGCUCAGAAGACUUUCAAUCAAACCACCUUGCAGAUAUUAUUUUAA